AUGGGUAUGCAUUAUUCUGUCAACACUGUCAUUCUUUUUGUAGUUUUCGGAGGAAAUGUUCUUUUGAAGAGAAAUUUCGAUACAAGAGACAAUGUCGACGGAUUACAUCGUUCAGCAGAAUGUGUUCAAGAAACAAUUGAACCAUUGAUGGUAGGAAAUCUCUGGCAGUUCUGGGACAGGUUUCCGUAUGUCGUCAAUAAAUGUUCUCCAUCACUAAAAGAUGUCAAACUUGGAGAAUUUCCAAACUCAGAUGAAUUCAAAUAUCACUUUCUUCCUCUUAGAAAACUUCCAAACUGUUCAAUUAUUUCACUUGGGAUCGGGAAAGAUGUGAAAGCGGAGAAGAAAAUGAAAACUGUGUUGCCUGGUUGUCAAUUCUAUGGUGCAGAUCCAGUCGAUGAAGAUAAUAAUGAACUGUUCUCAAGUUUCGGAAAGUUUUUCAAUAUGGCAGUUGGGGACAGAAAUGGAAGUUUUCGGUCGUAUGUUUUGGAGGAGAUAUACAGAUAUCAGGAGGUUCUCACAAUUGAUCUCGCUACUUUUAUCAGAACUAAUAUAAAACAACAAACAAUUGAUCAACUGAUGGUAGACAUUGAACAUGCUGAAUACCCUGUGUUCCCAUUUAUUGAGGAAAAAGGACAAUUAGAUGAUUGGGGUAUUCAUGUUUGUCAGAUCAACAUUGAGAUUCACAGUCCGACUGAUGAGGAUAGAGAAACAUUCGCUAGCUUUUUGAGGAAAAACUUUGUGACACAUCAAUGGAUUUUCGUCAAUUCAGAGAUCCACCCGUUCUUCAAACACAUCAGGUUAUUCAUGGUAAAUGGAAGAAAUCGAGAAUGUCUGAAGAGAUAUUUCCUAACGGAUAACAAGAAAAGAGUUACGAGUAAGAUGAGAGAUGUUCAUAUUGAGGAUCAUCUUUUUCAGUAG